AUGUAGAAUAAUUAAUAAUAAUAAGCUAAAAAAGAGGAAGGUGCCACUUUAAUUUUGGAAGAGAAAUUUAAGUUAUAUUUAGGGGAUUUGGAUGACGCAUAGAAUAAGGUAUUUUAAGAAGUUAUAGGUUAAGCAAUGGCUAAAAUAACAUAAAAUAGGUUGUGUAAUAACAGUUGCAAAUGGUUAACCUGUUAGUUAUUAUGAUAAUAAAAUAAUACAUCAUUAUUAUUUUAUAGAUGAUAAAGCAGAUUUUAAAAUAUAAAAAUAUUUUUCAAAAGUAUUUCAUGAUAUUGAUAGAGAGAUUCAAACAACUAAUGUGUUAAGUAAAUUAUACUAAAUUAAUUUAUAGUACAUUGUGCUGCUGGGAUUUCUAGAUCUGCUACAAUUGUUAUAGCAUAUUUAAUUAUGAAGAAAGGAAUGUCAUUCAAACAAGCAUUUCAUUAUGUUAAAAGUAGAAGACCAAUGAUAAGACCAAAUCCAGGUUUUUUGAGUAUACUUGAAUCUUUAGAAUAAAAAUAAUGA